AGAACAAAUGAAUUUACGGAACACAGUUUCUCAGAAUUAAAAAUUAGGGUGGAGAUUGUAAAGGUUUUUUAUAUUCCCUGUGUCUUUGCGGAGUGGAAUUAAAUUUAAUAUGAGUGAAUCGGUUUAUGAAACCAUGCACAGCAGCUCAGUCAAUCUAAAGGACAAACAGAAUUUACAUGAAGAUAUCUACAUGAGUGAAGUUCCAGAAACUCAACUGGCCAGAAGCAAUAAAACAACUCUAACUUUAGAACCUAGCUCUGCAGGACACAGAUGUUACAGACUGGUUAUGGUGAUUCUGCUGAUGCUGGUUGUUCUCUUGCUUUCUGUCGUCGUAACACUCUGGGUCAAUUUCCACAACAUGUCUGUAGCAAGAGGCCGGUUAGAGAUCAGUUACAACAAUCUGACGAUAGAAAGAGACAGCUUAAAGAAAAGUUACAAAACUGUGGCUGAAGAGAGAGCUCAGUUUCAGGCGAAGAGUGAUGAACUCCAGGAGAUGCUUUCUCAGCUAAAGAAAGAUAUUAACACACCAGGAUGGAGAUACUUCAGCUCCAGUAUUUAUUACAUCUCUACUGAGAAGAAGAGCUGGAGUGAGAGCAGACAAAACUGCAAGGAGAGAGGAACAGACCUGGUGAUCAUAAAUAACAGAGAGGAACAGGACAUUGUUGAAGUGUGGAGAAGAGGAGAGGGUGCUUGGAUUGGUGCAAAUGAUAGAAACAAUGAGGGGAUCUGGAAAUGGGUGGAUGGUACAGCAGUGAGCGAUGGGUUCUGGAGUAGUGGGGAACCCAACAACAAAGGUGAAGAGGAUUGUGCUGUAUCUGGCUAUCGGUCUGAACCUGUACCAAACUGGGUUGAUAUUUCCUGCGAUUCCCAGUAUAUUUGGAUCUGUGAGAAGAACAUUAAUAUCUAAAAUUACAAAAACAUGAAUGAAUUUAUAUACUUUAUAUAGGUAGCACAUGAAAUACAUACAUAUAAAACAUCUUUAAACACUCUUGGCGUUUGGAAAAUGUAUUUUUGUACAUUUUUGUCAUCCCUUUUGUAAAAUUGGCCGAAAGAAUUUUUCACCAGUUGAAUAUUUCUUUUUCACUUUGUGAUCCAGUUCAUCCCAAAGCAGUUCAACAGGAUUUAGUUUGGAAGACUGGUCAGGUCAUUAAAUCUCAUUGAUUUCUACAAUUUCGUUGUCUUUUAUAUUUCAAUGUAUAAGUAUUAAUCAUUUGAAUUAAACAUAUAUUUCAACCAAUAGGGAGGUUUUACUUUGUAUUAUCCAAGGGAGGUGUAUACUUAUACAAUCAAAACGUUCUCUUCUUGUUCAAUGUUGUGUCAACACAAUAAAAUGUUCAAGAUAUGUUAAUCAAAUAAAAUAAAUCUCAUUUUAGCAAUUCUGUA